AUGACUUCAAACGCGACCCCGGGACUCGGCGGAACACGCAGCAGCGAGCAGUUCGCGCAACACGCGAAUGCAACGCGCAACGUGCGACCUCAGCCAAGCAAAGCAGGAUCCAGAAACCACGCAAAUCCAGCUGCUGUAGGUGCCACACCGCUGCCUCACACUGACAGCGCGCGUGGCUCGGAGCCGGAGCCACGAGGAACCUCGAAGCGGCUCCUAAACGCAUAUAUAUACGACUUCCUAUCGAAAUCUUCGCUUUCUGAAACAGCAAAAGCAUUUUCACAAGAAGCCAUCAUAGAGGAGAACGGCAAGCGAAUUUCGAAUCACACAGCUUUCAAGCCGCAGAAUGAUGCACCUCAGGGAUUUCUUUAUGAGUGGUGGCAGAUUUUUUGGGAUGUCUUCAACGCCAGAACCCAUCGAGGUGGGUCUGACAUGGCUCAGCAGUAUUUCCAGUUGCAAUUCGACUCAAGACGGCAAGAACACACGUAUCGAAAUGUGGCGAUGCAUGCUGCGCGCAUGCAGCAACAAGUAGAACAACGAGGGGAGUAUCAAGGCGAGGUUUUUGAUCCCAUGAUGUUUGCCAUGAUGUUUUCCAGCAACACAAAUGCGACCACCGAAUCAAGAAAACCGAACGAUAGCAGCCGCAACGGGUAUGCAGGUCAAUCACCUGCUCAUAGACAGCCCGCUCGAACACAGCAGCCGCAGCGACAACAGCAGCCCUCGGAUUACUCGCAAACUCAACUACAGCAAGCUCAAGCUCGGGCCCAACAGUCCCAACAGGCUCAAGUUGACUCUCAGCAGAUUCAACAGGCUCAGCAAGCUCGACAGGCUCAGCAGGCUCAGCAGGCUCAACAGGCUCAACAAGCUCAGCAGGCUCAACAAGCUCAACAAGCUCAGCAGGCUCAGCAAGCUCAGCAAGCUCAAGUACGGGCUCAACAGGCUCAAGCGCAGGCUCAGCAGGCUCAACAGGCUCAAGUGCAGGCUCAACAAGCUCACCAAGCACAAAUUCAAGUCCGCAUGCAAGCUCAGGCACGAGUUCAACCACAAGUCCAGUCUCAGCAGCUAGCACAGUCUGCGCUACAUACACAGCAAGUGAGACAACGCACACCUAUGGCGGCGACUCAAUCACGACAGGAGCAAUCAAAACAAACUCAGGCGCAGGCACAGGCACAACAACAGCAUCAGCAACAACAGCAACAACAUUCACAGCAUCCACAACAUCUGCAGCAGUUACAACAUGCUCAACAUAUGCAGCAAUCACAGGUCCAGCAGCAGCAGCAACAUCAGCAACCUGUUUAUACACAACAUCCACAGCAGCAACAUCAACCACAAUCCCAAAUCUUUCCUCAGAAUAUGUUGAUGAUGAACGGAGGAAACCCAAUGGUAGUACCCGGCGCUAAUCUUCCUAUGUACAUGAAUUCAGCGAUUCCUGUUAAAGCAGGUUUCCCACCUGGCUAUAUGCAGCAGGUGGUUCCUCCUCAAGUACAGCAGCAGCAGCAGCAGCAUCGCCAGCAGCAGCAGCAGCAACAACAACAACAACAACAACAACAACAACAACAACAACAUUCGCAAUCGCAACCACAAUCACAACAACAACAAUCACAAUCACAACAACAACAACAACAACAACAACAACAACAACAACAACAACAACAACAACAACAACCGCAACCUCAACCGCAACCUCAACCGCAGCCGCGACCUCCAUCGCAAGUUCAAUCUCAACCUCAAAUUCAAUCGCAACCGCAACCGCAACCGCAACCGCAACCUCAGCAGCAACCUCAGCAACCGCACUCGCAUCCACAGCCACAGCAGCAACCGCAACAACAACUGCAUCAAGCGCAACAGCAGCAUCAUCAGCAGCAUUUGCAACAGUUACAACACCAUCAACUACUUCAGCAGCAGCAAGAACAACAACGACAUCAACAACAACAAAUGCAACAACAACAACAAUUGCAACGACAGCAGCAGCAGCAACAGCAACAACAACAUCAACACCAACAACACCAACAACAUCAACAAUACCAACAACAUCAACAACAUCAACAACAGCAACUAACUCAGCAACAACAACAACAACAACAACAACAACAACAACAACAACAGCAGCAGCAGCAGCAGCAACAUCAGAAGCACCUACACCAACAACAACAGCAGCAGCAGCAGCAGCAGCAGCUACAGCUACAGCAGCAACAAAGACAUCCACAGUCUUCACGGAAUGAUGUGCGGCACUCGCAGAAUCAAUACGAAUCUAACGCUUCAAGUCACUCAAAGACACCCUCGUCAAAGAGAAAGAGUCAAGCAAGUGCUGCCUCGCCAGAAGUUCCUGAAAACUUAAAAUCUGAUGCACACCCUUCCAGCAUGGAAGGUCUCUACAAUUACCAAAAACAGCUGCUGAUGCUGGAAAAGGAGAAUGAAAAGGUGAUGACGUAUCGAUCUACCGCCUCGACUCCGGGAAUUACGAUGAACAAGACUAAUCCAGCGGCGGCUUACGCAGGCGCAUCGCCAUUGGCUAUAAACUUAAUGAACAGUCCGGCAAGCCUAGGACCAGCUCCUUUAAAACCAAGAGAAUUUCCUAGACGAAAAUCAGCCACUGCACAAGCAAGUGGCACACUAAUCAAUUCGAGCAAGAAAAAUAUAUCAGAGCCUGUGACACCUGUAGGACCCAUGACCCCUGCUAGUGGUAAUCUUGGCAAACACAUGCCACCUAGCUCACUCACUACACUUACCGAAACUCCUAUGGAAGGCUCAAAUGAACUGACUGAUGGACAUGCGAGUAAAAAGAUCGCACAAAAGAGAGUCAAAAAGCCUAAGAAACUACAGGCAUCUAAUUCGUCUUUGGGAAUGCCAACACAUCCAUCCUCGCCGUUGAUGGACAAUAUUCUGGAUCCCAAGAAAAAAUACCAUCGCAGCAAGCCGAAGAAACCUAACGCAGUGUCAACCGUGAAAACUAGCAACAGAGUGGCGCGGUCAGCUGGGGCCACUCCUUUGAAUACUGAAGAUGCACAUCCUGGGAGCUCAAGCAGUAACGACACUGGAAGCAAUACCGGAAUGUUUAGGGCUUCGGUGGCCACGGACCCUACGCCCCAAACGGAUUUCGAUCCAUUGGGACAAACUGAUCCUACUUUGGGCGCUACGACUUACAACUUCGAGGAAGAAGACAUAUUCAGCAUCAGCAGCGAGAUUCUUGACAAACCUGCUCCUUCAAAGAGCUCGUCGUCGAAGCCAAGCUCGCAUCAGUCGCAGGAUCCGUCGCAAAACCAGGCACCAAUUGACGAGCCAUUCGAUUUGGACUUUCUCGACCCCAAUUCGAACAUGAACUACACCGAUUUGAAUAUGCUUAAUUGGCAGUAA